AUGGCCGCUAAACUCAUUCUCUUCGUCUGCGCCACCGCCCUCGUGGCUCAGUCCGUUUUGGGCAUCGGUUGUGGUUGUGGAGGUCGUGGCUACGGGGGUCUGGGCUAUGGUGGUCUGGGCUACGGGGGCUAUGGAGGUGGGUGCGGUCGUGGUUUCAGCGGUGGUGGUCUCCCUGUAGCUACUGCCUCUGCUGCUCCCACUGGUCUGGGUGUAGCUUCUGAGAACAGGUACGAAGGUACCGUCGGUGUCUGCGGCAACCUACCGUUCCUUGGUACUGCUGAUGUCGCUGGCGAGUUCCCCACUGCCGGUAUUGGUGAAAUCCUCUACGGCUGCGGAAACGGUGCCGUUGGUAUUACCCGCGAGGGUGGACUCGGCUAUGGAGGCUACGGCGGAUGCGGAUGUGGCUGCGGCUACUGA